AAAUCUGAAAUUUUGAGAGCUGCUUAUGGCUAGAUUCGGCUUGAAAAUAGCCAACUUGGUAUGACGCUGCGUCAGAUGUUCGCUGACCACAUGUUAUUUUGUGUUGUUGUGCUCGCAUAUCUUGUGGGUUUACAGUUACUGUUACGUUGAUUUCAGUGCAAAACAAACUGCGUUUGCGAAAUAUAGUGGCAAUCAAGUGAGUGCAACGUCGCCUGGAUCUAGUUAAAUAAAUAAACAGAAUGGGCAGUGUUUAUUUAUACUGCGUGUGUGUGAGGCACGUGUGUGUAUGCGCGAUGUUUUUGUUAUCGAGCUUGCAUAUCCAGUUAUCUGGUUAUAACAAUCGAGUAUCCUUUGGCGCAAAAUGCAAAUGCACAUUCGAGUGACUAGAUUGUAUCAGUAUUAUUAUUAUUUGCGCUAUACCACCGCUGAAGCACCUGUGAUUGAGAGCUGCGGGAGAGCCGGAGAGCCGGCGAGACGAUCGUCAGAGGUCUACGGUUUCGGCUCUAAAAAUAUGACUGCUCGUCUGGUAAGCCACUUAGUCCGUCGCAGUCGCAAGCCCAGAUCGCUGGUCGUCGGUACGGGGAGCACCUACUGUACGGUGAAGACCACUCUUAGUACAGUGAGAAUGCAGCGCAUGGAGCACCUGGCGGUAUUGGGUGCGGGCGUUACCCUGGCGGAACGCGUAUUCAAUCCGCCACUACAGGCUGUUAAUGGAAACCAUUGUUCCGGCAAUAGCCAUUCCUGUGGCGAUAACAAUAACAAGGACACAAAUGCAGCCUUUGAGUUGGCCAUCAAGCAGCUUAACUUCCUGCAGUCGAACGACGCUGCCAUUUGGAAAUCGAAAACCUCUGCCCGCGUGGAUACCAAAGCGGAUACCAUCAAGUAUCUGGAGCGGAGUGGUCUGCCGCUUGAAACUGUCGAGCGACUGUCCUUCAUACAUGUGGCCGGCACCAAGGGAAAGGGCUCUGUCUGCUGCUUGACGGAAUCUCUGCUUCGUCAUCAGGGUGUCCGCACGGGUUUCUUCAGUUCCCCCCAUAUGCUGUCCACCACCGAGCGGAUCCGGAUCGAUGGCCAGUUGUUGGCCAAGGAUAAGUUCACGGAGCAGUUCUGGAAGGUUUACAACCGACUGUGGGAUCGGCGGGAACACGAUCACGACAUGCCCGCCUACUUUAAGUUCCUGACCAUCCUGGGCUUUCACGUUUUCAUUGCUGAGAAUGUGGAUGUGGUCAUUUUGGAGGUGGGCAUCGGUGGCGAGCACGAUUGCACGAAUAUCGUGAGAAAUGUGCGCACAGUGGGCAUCACAUCGCUGGGACUGGAGCACACGGAGCUAUUGGGCUGCACACUGCCGGAAAUUGCCUGGCAGAAGGCGGGCAUCAUCAAGACCGGAUCCAAUGUCUUCACGCAUGUCUCUCAGCCGGAAUGCCUGGAGGUGAUUCGUCAGCGGACGCAGGAGCAUUCAGCUACGCUCUAUGAGGUUCCACCCACCGAGGAUUACUUCCGAUCGGACGCAUAUGCUCCGAUUUGGCAGACCCUUAGUCAAUUGAUUCGCCUGAACGGAUCAUUGGCUAUUCAAUUGGCUUGUGACUGGUUGUCGCAGUCGGGAAAACGGGCGCACACUCCCAACGAGGUGAGAAUGGAUCCACAGCUUCUCGGCGGACUGAUUAGCACCCACUGGCCCGGUCGGUGCCAGAUAGUCGAGUGGCACGGUAUGCGACUACAUUUGGACGGAGCUCAUACUCUGGAAAGCAUGGAGGUGUGCACGGACUGGUUUGAAAAAAGCGUGCGAGACAGUGUUAAUCCAAAGAUUCUGAUCUUCAAUCGCACCGGACAAUCCGAUUUCGCACCUCUGCUGAAGCUCCUCAACCGCACCUGUGCCUUCGACAUGGUCUGCUUUGUGCCCAAUUUGGCCACCUCCACGCCAAAUGCUCCCAGCCAGGUGAUGGUUCGGUUUAGCCCACAAAUGCAAGUGGAGCGGGCGCGGACUAUUGCCACGGCAUGGAGUGACCUCUGCGCAACGGAGAAGCAAAAAGAUGCUGGUCAGGUGUACGAAACGCUGACCGACGCCUUUACCGCCAUCUGGCAAAGAUUUCCACCAGCCACGGGCAACGACGGACAGCUUGAGGUCCUCGUCACCGGUUCGAUUCACCUGCUAGGAGCAGCUAUCAGUGCUCUGGACCUAAUUGAUGGUCUCAGAUGCAGAACUAAUAAAUAAGUCGCAUUCCCAACGCAAUAGAGUAGUAGCUAUAAGAUUCAGUUUCAGUCCAAACCAAGUCACUGGCAUAUCACUUAGUUAAACAUUAAAAUGAAUCACAGAAAGCAUAAGCUAAUAGAUUUACUUAGUUGUAGUUUAGAGUAAACCAAUGUUAAAAAUGUUGUGUUUAUUGAAACCUCUGGAAAAAAACGUUAGAAAUGUGUUAUGUCCAGUUUAAGUUAGCAGUGGUUGCUAAAAUUACGAAUGUAAGCGGUAAAAUGUUAUCUUUUUGCUUAGGUGUUGCACAUUUUUACAAAUAUUUACCAGAUGUUAUGGAAUAUAUUUACCAGGUGAAUGUUUUAAGGCAUGCAAACUAUAUGUAGAUACUUUUUUUUAUUUGUUUACAUUUAUGAAGAGUAAAGUUACGGCACAAAAU